AUGUAUUCUCUGGAAAAAGAAAGGAAAAUCACUCUCAUAAAAGAACUCUCAGCCACACGCUCCUCACACUCACCCAGCAAACGCCAACUACAGUACAGUAUACUACAGUACAGUACAGUAUAUAUAGUAUACUAUAGUUCAGUACAUAUAUUACAGUACAGUACAAUACACUACAUACUACAGUAUAGUAUUACGGUACAGUACAAUAUACUACAUAUAUUACAGUACAGUAUACUGCAUUAUAGUGUAGUACAGUAUAGAAUACAGGUGCGAGCAUUAACCCAGCAGUACAGUUCAUGGGGAUAA